AUGUCGGCUGUGGUCUCGAGAAAGACAAAGGCGUCGUCCAAGACAGAGCCGACGACGGCCAAGUUCUGGGAGGUGGAGCAGGCGAGUCCGUACGAGAAGAAGUCAUCGCGGAAGGCAUCGACCAAGAGCUCGACCAAGAAGAAGAGCUCGGCCAAGAAGAGCCCGGCUAAGAGCAAGGCGUCGGCCAAGAAGGGCAAAGCUGCGUCGCCGGCGCCGACUCGCGCGUCGUCGCGCAGGUCAAAGGCCACGCCGCGCGCACAGGCGGCAAAGGCCGCUGCAGAGCCCGAAAAGACCAAGAAGGCCGCGUCCAAGAAGAAGAAGGCUGCAUCCAAGAAGGCUGCGCCCAAGAAGGCCGCGUCCAAGAAGAAGGCUGCGCCCAAGAAGGCGUCGACCCGGUCGUCCCGCCGGUCGGCGUCGCGCAAGGCGGACGCCGAUGCCACCAGUGAGAAACCCGCCAAGUCGGCCAACAAGCGCAAGCGGUCGGCCCGUGCCGCUACUGUCGAUGACGACGAAAAGAAGUCCGCCGCCAAGGGCCGCAGCUCCAAGAAGGCCAAGUCGCUCUCCGAGCCGCCGGCUGGCAGCAACGACCUCGUCGCCGCACGCAUCGAGAGCUAUGAGGAGCGCGACGGCGUCAUUUACGAGCUUGUCCGCUGGGAGGACAACGGUGAACUGGCAUCGAUCCCUGCGCCGGACCAGGAGGCCGCCCGCGUCGAAUUUGCCGAGCAGAACACGUCCAAGUCGUCGUGCGUCAUCUCGUAGCUCUGCGCCUGUCCCACAUGGCGUCACUCCCGGGUAAAUGACACAGUAUCUCACAGA